GAGUGUAAUUUGUAAUCUAAUUUUGCUAGCUCAAGGACACUAUCGAACCAGUUGUCGUACACAAUUUUCGGUGAAGGACGUCUUUGCAUGUCAUAAAAAAAUCGUCGAUACAAGCUGGGUUGUCAUUAUGAAGUCCGCCUACACAGGAUGCGACAUACAAACAUUAGGUAAAGACCGAACAUGUUCAAGUGAUGAAUCAUUAAAAUUGGAUCAAGCAACAUAAUUCAGUGAAAUCUGCUUUAGGAAUUUCGGAUAAAACUUAAGCGAGGUUGAAAUGGAGGAUGACCGAAUCGAGGAAGACCAAUUAUUGGAAGACUCUCAGCAAGCUAAAGAGAAUAGCGACAUACGCCUCAGCCCUUUUCCAUUGUGUGGACCGUGCAGCUUGAUAGAUAAAACAAAACAAGCAACAUCUAUAUGCAAGAUUUGCGAGGGCGAAUUUCUUUGCGAUGAAUGUACCACCCAACACAAAGCUCUAAAAUGGACAAAAAGUCAUCCACUGUCAUCAAUUGACUUAAGUGCAGGAAAUAAUGAAACGUCACAGUUGCUUGAACUUAAAUCUAAAUAUCUACAAACCGUCAACGAAGACCCAACCAAAUUGAAAAAACCAGGUAAGCCGACAGCUAUUGAAAUCAAGUUUGACCAAGUCCAACUUAGCUGGGCGCAGCCAAUACAGUUUAGAGAAAGAGAUUGCUUUGAAGUCAGUUUUAAAGAAAACAAACCCGACACAAGAUGGAAAGUAUAUGGCGACAGUUUUUCAACGUGCAGCUGCAUUUUGGUAAACUUGAAAACAGACACUCAAUAUGUAUUUCGAGUUCGGGUAGUUUAUGUAGAUAUGGAGGGUCCUUACAGUGAGGAAAGUGAUAUUAUUCAAACUCCUAGAUCCACUGCUUCUGAAAUGGUCGAGUUUUCUGUUCGCGUUGGUGAACAGAACAUUAUACCGGCUCGGUAUGCAUUACCAUUAAAAGAAAUUAAAGCAGCUAGAAAUAACACAGCAAGAACAAGAAAAUUUGUCGUAGGAAAUGAACAAUACAGAACACCAAUUGAGAAGACUAUCAUGAUGGUAGGUGAAACGGGAACUGGAAAAAGUACUCUCGUCGAUGGAAUGGCCAACUACCUUCUUGGAGUUGACUGGAGCGAUCCCUUUAGAUUUCAACUUGUUGUUCUUGAGGACGAUGAAAAAACAAAAUCCCAUAAUCAGGCAUUAUCACAAACUGAAUGGAUUACUUGCUACACAAUUCAUCCCCAAAAAGGAAGUAGAUACGCGCACACAAUCAACAUAAUUGAUACCCCAGGAUUUGGGGAUACAAGAGGGAUUGAGAGAGACCGUGAAAUUGUGGAUCAAAUUCGAGAAUUGUUCACAUCGAAAGGGGACAAAGGAGUAACAGAAAUUGACGCCGUUUGCUUCUUAAUUAAGGCGCCUGAUGCUCGACUAACAGCAAUUCAGAGCUAUAUAUUCCAGUCCAUAAUGUCUUUGUUUGGAAAAAAUAUUGAAGACAACAUUUGUUCUCUGAUUACAUUUGCAGAUGGCGAUGAUCCUCCUGUCUAUGCAGCUUUGAAAGAAUCAAAUUUGCCGUUUGGAGAAAGAUUCACUUUCAAUAACUCUGGGCUUUUUGUAAAUAACAAAAAUGUAUCACCAAAGUCACUUGCGCCGAUAUUCUGGCAUAUGGGACUUCAGAGCUUUGACAAUUUUUUCAAGCAUAUAGAUACUUUGUUCAGAAAGAGUUUGCAACAAACUGGUGAUGUUUUAAUUGAAAGAAAACGCAUAGAAGCAACACUUGAAACCCUACAGCCGAAUCUUAAUGCUGCUCUAAACAUAGUUAAGGAAUUGAAAGAUGAAAUCGAGAUUUUGGAAAAAAACAAAUCCAUCAUAGCUGAAAAUACUAAUUUUGAAUAUACUGUGGAUGAAACUCACCAGGUGAAAAACGCUCUUCUUCCUGGGGAAUACGUCACAUGCUGCACACACUGUCAUUAUACAUGCCAUAGACCGUGUGGUAUACCAAAUGAUGCGGAUAAGCAUGGCUGCGCAGCCAUGUCUGGAGGCAUUUGCACUGUUUGUCCGGCAAGAUGCCACUGGACACAACACCAGAACACACCGUACUAUUUCACAUUUGAAACUGUUAAGGUUCGAAAAACGUAUGCAGAAAUGGAAAAGAAAUAUAAAGAUGCGUCCGGAAAAAAACUUUCACAGGAGGACAUAUUGAGAAAAAUGCGUGAGAAACUGCAACAAAUGGUGGAAACAAUAACAAAAAUGAUGGAGGUCGUUAAAAACAGUAAUGAACGUCUAACUGAAAUCGCACUUCGUCCAAACCCGCUUACUAUGUCCGAACACAUCAAGCAGAUGAUCGAAAACGAAAAUGUUACAAAGAAGAAAGGAUAUCAAGCACGUGUUGACACAUUGUAUCGACUCCUUGAAAAGACAAAAAUCGCUGACACUGCUCAAAAGCUAAACGAAGAGUUUGACACCGUUGGAGUAAAGGGGAAUGCAAAAGAUACAUUUCUUAAAGGCUUGCAAGGUGUGUUCAAAUUAUUUGGCUUUAAGCUUUCCUGAGCUGGCAAGCAUUCUUUUUCAUUCAGAUAGCCAACGAAACAAGUUUCAAUAAUAAUAAAAACUCAUGCGAUGUAUGUAAAUGUUACUGACAACAAAUAUGUUGAAAAGACAUGGAUAUGAAUUGAUUAUAAAUUGAUUGUUUUUAAGAAAAGAAUAAUAUGUGUGUUUAUGUAAAACUAAACAACCAACGACAUGCCUCUAUUUAUUUAUAACAAAAAAAGAAAUCACUCAUUGCCAUAGAAAAACAGAUGCAAAAUGUUGUGUAAAUAGUUCAAAGAAAUUUUCCUUACUGAUGCAUAUACUUCGUAAGUAUACAAUUCUAGGCAUCUACAGACUUUUCAGUAAGACUAAACCGUAUGUAAUUGUACAUUGUAUUUCAUUCUCAACAAUUCAAGAUUUGUUAAAACGGUGUAUAUGCGCUUGUCGGCAAAAUAUUGUAAUUGAUAUUGAAGAGUUGCUUAAUUGUUUGUUGUUAUGCUUCGAUUAUUGUUGUUUUUUUAUGUAAAAAGUUGGUAGUUUUAUGUUGCCAUUUGUUAUGUGCAUCUAAUAAUGUACGAUAAUUGUAUGACAAUCAUUUAGAAAGGGUUCCAAAAUUGAAGAACUACAGGAAUAGUCUCUGUUUGUUAUCCAACAACUCUCGAUAUCACGUCUUAUGAGUCCCAACAAUUUGAACACCGCAAUAAGUGUCUCUAGAUUGUCAAAAUUUCAUAGAUAAAUUCAUUUAAAGUAGCAUUUACGCUCGGAUGUUUUACAGCGAUUGAUAUUCCUUGAACGAUAAAAUGAAAGUUUGUAUCGAAAAAGAAAUCACGCGUGAUUUUUAAUAUUUAAAGUAGACGGUUAUUCGCAAUAAUUAGGUUUUUACGAAAUGUAUUAAAUUGUUUACUUUUUAUUGAAAUAAAGGUUAACAUUUUAUGGAUUUUAAUUCGCUUAAUGCUGAACUUAUUGCUUCAAAGAAUAGCUUAAUUCAAAUUUUUCUUCCACGAUUUGUAUCCACAAAACUCUUGCUGCUUUAAUAUUUGUAAACGUUGCGUAUUUUUAAUUUUGCAAUUAUGCUAAAUUUUUGUUUGUUCAAAUGCUUUUUGUGUAUAUACUUUAUGUUAUAAAAAAAAUCAUGUAUAAAAAAGUUUCCUUGCUGUUUCAAAAUUAUAUUUUAGAAGCAAUUGUGAUUGAGAUAUUUUUCGUAAAAAAUGUUUAAUUUUACUUAUAAACAUGAAAUGAUAUGCGUGUAUUUCCAUACAUUAUAUAUUCAUUACAGUAUAAUAAUAGUAUGAAGGUAUACUAGUAUUUGCUUUCAAUGUGUAUUUUCGAUAUGUUACAAUAUGUUUCAAUAAUAAACCGCGCUUGCAAUGCA